CAACAUUUCUAUUGGCUAGCGGGCCUUGUGGGCGAAAUUGAAAUAAACGUUUGAAGCCUGUUGCUGCUGAGAGAGCUCAUUCUUUGCUGACUCUUCAAUGAAGAUUGUAUUUUACUUGUGUGUUCAAAGUCCUGGCUUAUAAACAGUUAUGGGGGACCCCAUUGAAGUACAGAUAACUCCUGAGACUCCAGGCAGGCCUUCCAUCAGAAAUCCCUUUGAAAGUCCCAAUGACUACCACCACCUCCGUGAAGCCCUGGUGCCUAGCCCAUCUGUGUUCAAGUCCAAGCCUUGGAAAGCUACUCCUCCCAAGUUUGAUUGGUCUAUUGAGGAAAUGGCCAGUCUUCUCCCAGUACACAUAGACCCAGAGGAAAUCCAGCGACAGUCUUUUUACCUCAGCCAGACAAGGACGGAUUCUGACAUUGAGGAAAAGCGUCAGAACGCUAUUGAGCAGUUUUUUACCAAAGGAACCAUUGUGCCUUCCCCAUGGGCACCAGCAGACACCCGUAAAGCCAUUCAGAUCACGAAAAUAGGCUGUAUGUCUGACAUGAUUGCAGAGGAGCCUGAAAAAAACUCAGUUGCUUGUCAGACAACUCUUUCAUUACCUUUGGCGUUUGAUUUGGAGAAAGUACUAGGGGAUUAUUACCGCCACGAGGAAGCGUGUGAUGCUGUGCAGGAGAGUCUCAGUUCCUCCUCCUUAAGACGAAAACUCUUCCUCGAUGGUCAGGGCAGUUACAGUGGCUCUGACAGCUCCAGCCCACCAAGCCCAGAGAGAAGCCAUGCCAGGCAGGAGAGGCCUUCUCUAAACUGUGGAGAUGGACCUGUUGGAGGGAUUGAAACCGUAGUGUCUAUCUUUUCGUCCCCUUUGUCCUGUGGCGUGUUGGCCAAGACUCCCUCUACGGGUCAAUUCUCGUCCAGUCCCAUCCAGAAUGGCUGCUUCCGGGACUGCAGCCUCGGCAGCAUCACCAGUCCUCCCUUCCCUGAUAGGUCAUCUCCUGCUGGCCUCAUGUCCCCCACAGUCUCUCCUAUUGUUGCACAUUCAGCACGCACACCGAUAGGCUCAGCUGAAAGGAAGCAGCUGAGCAGUUUGACUCCACAUGGUGUCCCUCUGGAUGUAGAUCUCACUUCCUGCAAUGAGAGCCCAUUUGUCGAGGGUUGCUCUCCCAUUCGUAGCUGCUCUCCACAUCAGCUCCACUGCUACAAUGAGCCCCAGCACAACACCAGGCCCAAGGCCCGGCUUAGGGUUCGCCCCUGGGCCUCCCCUCCCCUCAUUUCCCCAAUUCUCAACCCUAAGCUCCAAGACAGCCAGGAGGCUAGGGAACAACUCCCCUGCUCCUCCUCCUCCUCUUCUCUCCCCCCUAUGGAGCUCGAUCCAUCUUCACCCAUGGCCCGUGACUCUCACCCCGCUGACACUGAGGGAGUUAGUCUGAAUCCUACGGAAGCUGUGAAAAUGGAGGAGGAGGUCAAGGAGACGGGGAAAGGAGGGAGGUUGGAGGAUGAGGAGGAGGAGGAGGAGGGGAGAGGGCCUUUGGGGCAGCUGACUAGCUCCCAUAUGGGCAAUGUGUCAGCAGCAGAAAGCUCUCACAUGUUUGUGUCUCUUCUGACAGAAGGAAGCAGCAUACGCUACGAUUCCAGCAUGCAGGUGGACAGCGGGUACAGUACUACCUCAGCAGGCACCGCCAGUCUCAUAGAUGGCCUGAACUCAGACUGUCACAGCAGUCCUUCUGUUCAAAUCUGGCAGAAGAAGCCUUUGAAGUCAAUCGACACAUUUAAGUCAAGACAUUUUAACCUCACCACUGAGUCGUCUGAUUGAUGCAUUUAAAGGGACGCCUCCAGUGGAAACUGAAGAUGAUUACUAUUGCAAUCAAAUACAACAACGUUUACACUAAGGCAUUUAUGUGGAAUGAAUUUUGUUAGGGUGGAUGGGGAUUGAAUUUUUUAAUGAAGUUUGAAGAGAACUAAGGGGUUUCACAGGUGAUUAUUAGAUAUCUUAAGGUUUCAAGUUCAGUUUGCCUGACUAGAAGAAAAUUCUCUACCAUAGUGUGUUAGAUCACAGGUUAGAAAUGAGACUAGCUGUGGUGCGAAAAGGGUAAAGAAAAAAAUAUCUGUUCUGUAUGAAACUUGCACAAUGUUAAGCUCCUUGAAUGCUGUAUUGAUGCUAAUACCAUCAUUUCGAUUUUAUUUGGUGCUGACAUGAUCAACCUAAUGGAUCCUGGUCCUUUCAGGUAACACCAGAUUUGUACUGUAUUUAUGUUUUAUAUAAAACCAUUUUAUCAUGAUGUUGUUUUUAUUUUAAUAUGAGACCUUUUGUUUUUAUUAUGAGUAAGAAUUGUUCACAUUCAGGUUACCUGUGGAUCUUAUUUGGACUGGGAGAAUAUUUAUUCCUGAAUAAGACACACUGAAUAAUGCCACCAGUGAAUUCAAAGCUGAUUGAGCCACUUGUUUUAUUAUUUUUCAUAUACUUAAACGUAUUGGCUGAAUUGUGACAUUAAAGUAACUUGAUAUUUUUUUUCUGUCU